AUGGAUGGCUCCGGUAGGCUUCGUAUAGAAUCCAUUUCUGAAGAUAGCGGUGAUAACAAGAAAGUGUCAGUGUCAGCGUUAUCACCGGCACAAACUGCGGAUAUGUUGAACGAUAUUGCCGAACAGUGUGCAAAUUUUGGCUUGGGUGAUUCGCUUUUGGAAAAAGAAGCUCUUGCUGCCAUUCGUGAAGUUGGCUUUGCCGUCCGAAUGAUAUCAUUACCAGAAUCAUUACCACGAACUUCUGAUUUGAUUUUCAUGAAUCUUAUCACGCUGGAAGACCGUACAUACUGUAUUGAAUUGACACAACGUGGAUGGCGUGUUGCAUCGGAUCGUCACGAUAGUAUGAAUGGUGAUUAUCGGCAGCUCGAUUUGCAUACCCGUUAUUUUGAAACGAUUUAUCAGCUGCUAAAUGUAAUAUCACCAGAAUUCCGGAAUCAGUUUGCUAACAAGCUUAGCGACAAGCUCAUUGCAUUGAGCAAUGGAGGUUCGGGUUUCAAAGGCACUUGA